AUGGCGAGCCUCCGUUACCUUCUCUCUCUUCUUUCUCUCCUCUUCGCCCUGGUGGAGCUCUCAACCUGCGCUCCAUCUCCGGCGCCGUCGCCGACUUGUCCUUUGGAUUUCAGCCAUGUCCUGAGAAUCCCAUGGAACACCACCGACUGUCGAAGCUACGACAGAUCAAUCGAGAGGAAGAACAGUUGCUGCCAAUCGGUGUUGACUCUAAUCGGCAUCCCUCUCGCUCAUCGUCUCAAGCAAACAUCCAAUUUCCGUCUCCCGAAUCUCGCGACCUCCGUCUCCUGCGUCAACGACCUCCAGAGGAAGCUCGAUUCCCUCUCUCUCCCUUCGACAAUCACCUCCACCUGCUUCGAUCCGAACCAAUUCGUCAUCAACAACGAGACCUGCGCCGGAAUCCAAACAACCCAGGACUGGGUCUCCCGUCUCGGCCCCACGACGACGCUCGACUCCGCCUGCAGCAGUGGCCUCACGGAUCUCACGCGCUGCGACGCUUGCGUGGCGGCUGGGUUUAGGGUUCAGAAACAGCUGAUCAGCCUGGACGGUAAUAGCUCUCACGGUAUCUACUGCUACCAUUUCGCCGUUCUUUACGCUGCUGGUAUCGUCAAUAAGAAAGGACCUGAGAGCGAUGACGCUUUGUCUUGCCUCUUCUCCUUGAGCUUGAGAUCUCCAUUGGGCUCUAAGAAGAAAAGACACAAGGUGGCUCUCGUUUCAGGCGCAGCCGGAGCUGUUAUCGCCGCCCUGGUUAUCGCCGGUUUGAUUGGUUUGUAUUUCCGGUUCGGUCGAGCGGUUAAGGGAGGAGAAGCUGGUUGGGAGGAUCAAGAGUCUAGACCGAAAUGGAGACCAAACACCGGAUCGAUCUGGUUCAAAAUCGAGGAACUCGAGAAGGCCACCAACAACUUCUCGCAGAAGAAUUUCAUCGGUCGAGGCGGGUUCGGUUUCGUUUACAAAGGGGUGUUACCGGAUGGAUCGGUUAUCGCGGUUAAGAAGGUGAUAGAAUCCGAGUUUCAAGGGGAUGCAGAGUUCCGCAACGAGGUUGAGAUCAUUAGCAACUUGAAACAUAGGAACCUUGUCCCGCUUAGAGGCUGUAGCAUGGUGGAUGAAGAUGGUGAGAGCCAUAGGUAUCUUGUAUACGAUUACAUGUCGAACGGGAAUCUCGACGAUCACUUGUUCCCUCCCGGGAAAACAGAGGAGGCUCUUGCACAGUCUUUGGUGAGAGACGAAGGCUCGGGGAUGUCGAAUCCCAAAGGGAUAAUGGAGAGGUUCUUGCAGGUUGGGAUCUUGUGCGCUCAUGUUUUGGUUGCUUUAAGGCCAACGAUAUUAGAUGCGUUGAGAAUGCUCGAAGGUGACAUCGAAGUUCCUCCGAUUCCGGACCGACCAGUCCCGCUCGCGCACCCUUCGUACCGCAUCGACGGGAACGGUUUCACUAUAUCCCCUGCGCUUAGCGGGCUACAGAUACAUUCCGGAGAUAUGCUCAGAUGA